GUUGUUGCUGCUAGUUUCCGGUUCCGUCUGUGCGGCGGUCGUAUUCUCCCAGCUGGGUCGCCGCGCUUGCGGGGAGAGCGGGUUGGGGCCGCCCGCCCGGGGAGGCGCAGUCAUGCCCCGGUAUUACGAGGACAAGCCAGAGGAAGGCGCGUGCGCGGGCGUGAAGGAGGACCUGGGUGCAUGUCUGCUGCAGUCGGACUGUGUACUCCAGGAAGGAAAAUCCCCUCGGCAGUGCUUAAAGGAAGGAAACUGCAAAGCUUUGAAAUACUCUUUUUUUGAAUGUAAAAGAUCAAUGUUGGAUGCCAGGUCAAGAUUCAGAGGACGAAAAGGAUAUUGAUACUACUAUGUUGAAGCAAGAUGAGAUCAACAAAUAUCUUUUCCAUGGUUGUUAAAACAGAGAACCCAAAUAGGAAACAUUUGCUGUAUCUGUUUUUUCCCCCCUCCAUGGAAUACUGGAAAAAAAUGGAUGAGCUUUGUUUCUGAACAUGUAUGAUGAUUCUCUUGCUUUAGGUUAUUUUUAGAAGAAAACUUUAUUUAUGGGCUGGGAGCAUAAUAAAUGUGUUUAGAGAAUUGUUCUAAAGCACGAACUAUUAUUAAACUUAACUCAAAAAUGACACAAUUUGUGUAUCUUAUGUGAAUAUUAUGAACACCACUGGUGGGACUAUUAGAAUCAACAUGGAGCCUGGUGAACUGUCUGCCAACAAAUUUCAGGACA